AAAAAAAUAAAUUCCGGUUCCCAGACGCACUGCUGCUCGGCCCUCCACCAGCUGGGUGAUCUCCUCCGCGGUGCCUGGCGGUGGCACUGGACGGCGGCACUGGACGGCCCUCAGCGAACGGCACGACACUCCUCCGCCGCCCGAUGGAUGGCGACGGCUCCUCCGAUUUUGGGCAGCGGCAGGAGUCCCCCGUUCCCUGCCCCUCCGGAUUCCAUCACGGAGGCAGCAGGCUCCGGCCCCCUGGCGAACGGCGAUGACUCCUCCGCUCCCUCACGGAUGGCAGCCGCCCCUCCAUAUCGUGGGCGGCCGGCAGCGAGCUUGCCCGUCCCCGGCAACUCGCUCCAGCCCACCGCCUCGAGCGUCCAUGCCGGCACAUACUUCGCCUGCUCGAGGGCACCGCGGAUUCACCACAACGGCGAGGGAUCUUCAGCAGCGCGUCCCUCCUUCUCCUGGGCUUCGGCACCACUGUAAUGAUAUAAUCUCCAUACUCAUCAGGAAGAAGGAGACGGGAACCGGCGCACCAGCCCCUCACGGACGACUGGUGCGCAUAAAUAAAAAGCAAACACAUAAAAUAAUGUCCCAGGCCUGGUCCUCUCUCAUCCUUCACGGUCGUCGCUCCAGUUUUAUAUCCUUCCAUCUCCUACGUGGGACUCGAUACUGGCGGUGGGGCGCAGGUGCAGCUCAUCUUCAAUCACUACACCUGGCCUCACUCCUCGUUCCCAUGCCUCUCGGCCCCGCCCCACUCGCCACAACGGGUUUGACUGCUGUUCCAGUGCACUUUAAUGGGUUUAAGGUUGGAAAAACAAGGGUUACGGGUUGCCUGGAACACGACAUCAUACUAGGCUGAGGCUACCUUUCCUCCACUUCUCCCUAAUGUGACGUCAUCACUGAGUUGCAUAAAAAAAAAGUUUAAUACCAAAAACGUAAAAAGAAAAUUUGGUCUUUUAAGACCAUUUUUGAGACAUUUUAAAAAUGAUAUACAUUUCUUGAGUGAUUUACGUACCCAUUAAUCGACAGUGGUGGUUAACCAGCAACAUGGCCUUUAAAAGGUGCUACUAUGGUUGAUUAUACGCUGUUGUCCUUUAAUGAAACAUUAAUUGUAAUAAGCUACUGGUCUACUAUACUCUUUGCUACUACUGAAAUAGAAUUUACAAGGUUUCGCUGAUAGUUUGAGAAUCCAAUGGCAUUAUGAAGUUUUACUGACUAUUGCUAUUGCUAUUUGAUAUUUCUUAAUGCUUGUCAUUGAUUAAAUAUUUGUAAAACCCUCUGAUUUAAAAGAGUAAUAACAAAAUAAAAUAGAGAAUUAGAGAUAUGAAGUUUGGCUAAUUUAUCAUGACACACCAGUUGAGGCUAAGUUAUGGCAACUGCCAUACUCUGCCAUAUGGAAAAUCUCUGUUCUAAGGGACACAGGAGCAACCCAGUCAUUCAUUCUAGCUGAUGCAUUGCCAUUCACACCAGAAACAUACUCUGGUACAGGGCUCUAGAGUGCGAACUAAUUUGGCCUUAUUUCUCAAUGGUGUAACUAAAAAACAGAGGUCACACCAGCCAUUCAAGAGGGGGAAAAGUGCCCCUGAGAACACACUGGGCUAUAAAAUACCUCGAGACAUAGUACAAUUGCAGAAAAAUGACAAUGUAGUUGGUCCCCUGUACAAGUGGGUGGAGGAGAGAUCAGUGGCAGGCCAGCCAGAGGUGGAAGGAAAUCUUUUGCCUCUGCAAUGGGGUCUUUUUCGUAAACGGCACCUGAGCCGCAGUUGGUGGUUUCCAGGGUGGGCAGAGAAUUAGUCCUUUCUUUGGGUCAUUCUGUACCCUGGUCAGGCCAUUUAGGUAGACUUAAGACUGUAACAGACUGUUACGCUAUUAAGCGCGAUUUGAAUAGUUUGGAGGUUGGAGGUUUAGCACAGGGCUAACAACUCUGUCUUGUAAAAACAAGCACGUUACGGAAACAGCAACAGAAGGAAUCGACGCUACUGGGCGUGAUGGACUUCCAGGGCUAUCGUCAGAUGCUUGGAUGAACGCCAUUGGUGAAAGCCGAAAGGAAGCCAGUGACAGGAAGGUGGAAAUUCUGAAUGCCAAACUUAAGACUAGGAUAGGAUUUUGGAAUGUAAGAACAAUGUACGAUACAGGCAAAUUAGCACAAGUGAUAUCAGAGAUGAGAAGAUACAACAUAGAUAUACUUGGAGUAAGUGAAAGUAGAUGGACAGGAUCAGGGAGACUCACAACAAGCACAGGGGAAACAGUGCUGUACUCAGGAAGAGAUGACCACCAACAUAGGGAAGGAGUAGCCAUCAUUCUAAAGAAAGAAGUAGAAAAGAGCUUGAUAGAGUGGAAACCUGUCAACAGUAGGCUCAUGAAGAUAAGGGUAAGGGGGAAGCAAAUUAACACAACUAUCAUCCAGUGCUAUGCUCCAAGAAAUGACAGCGGUGACACUAGGAAGGAUGAAUUCUACGAACAACUGCAGGUUGUACUGGAAACUACACCCAGACAUGACAUGAGGAUAGUGAUGGGGGACCUAAACGCCAAAAUGGGAAACAACAACACAGAACACGACAGGGCGAUGGGAAGGGAAGGCUGUGGUGUCAUGAAUGAGAAUGGGGAGAGGUUAGCAGAGUUUUGCACCAUGCAUGACCUCGUCAUUGGGGGAACCUUGUUCCAACACAAGGUCAUUCACAAACUAACAUGGCACUCUCCAAACGGAAAGGAUCAAAAUCAAAUAGAUCAUCUCAUAAUAAAUGGCACAUGGAGACGCUCUUUACUUGAUGUUAAGGUCAAACGAGGAGCAGACGUUGGUAGUGAUCACCACCUAGUCACAGCUGUGCUGAGAAUAAAGCUUAAGAAAACAGGAAGCAGAAAAAUAGCCAGAAAGCAAUUUGAUGUCGGAAAGCUAAAUGACACAAAGGUCAGAGGUUAUUUUGUGCUACAACUAAAGAACAGAUUUCAAGCAUUAGCAGAUAUGUUGGAUCAUACAGAGCCAAAAUCAGAUGAUAUCAACACUAUGUGGGAACAGACCAAAACAACCUAUGUGAAGACCAGUGAAGCCUGUCUUGGAUACAAGCACAAGGAAAAGAAGGAAUGGUUAAGUGAUGACACAUGGCAAACUGUAGAAAAUAGAAGGGCCUUAAAGAAGAAAGUAAAUGAGGCAAAGUCUGAACGGCUUAAAGAAAAAUACAGGAAACAAUACCAAGAAACAAACAAAGUAGUGCGAAGGAAAGCUAGAGCAGACAAGCGGGCAUAUCUAGAAAAUCUUGCAAGUCAAGCAGAAGAGGCAGCUAGGAAAGGGGAGCAAGGAAAAGUCUACAAGAUCACUAAAAUAGUGAGUGGCAAACACAGACGAACAACUGAAGCACCAAUAGUAGACAAAAAGUGUCAGCUAUUGACAACUGAGUCACAACAAGAAGCCCGAUGGGCAGAGCACUUUCAGGAAGUUCUAAACAGACCACCACCCACAACAGAACCAAAUAUCCAGCAUGCAGAUAAUGACCUGGACAUUAGCAUUGAACCACCAACAAAGGAAGAAAUUGUCUCAGCCAUUAAAUCCCAAAAAAAUGGAAAAGCCCCUGGCCAAGAUAACCUGAAUGCAGAGCUUUUUAAAGCAGACCCAGAUCUCGCCUCCAAAAUACUUCAACCACUUUUCAAAACCAUCUGGGAGGGAAAAGAAAUACCUGAUGACUGGUCAGAAGGAAUUAUCAUAAAGAUACCAAAGAAGGGCAACUUGAGAGAUUGUAAUAAAUGGCGCGGAAUUACACUCCUAUCGAUACCAAGCAAAAUCAAGGCAAAAAUCAUUGAGCAGCGUCUUACAGAGGCAGUGGAUAAGAAACUCAGGAAUGAACAGGCAGGAUUCCGUAAGGGGAGGGGCUGUAUUGAUCAAAUAUUUGCACUUCGUAACUGUCACGGACAGAAGAGAGAGACAACAGGUGAUUCAGGUAAGUAGAGGUUUAAUAGGAUAUAGGCAGGAAUUACGUGAUCGGGAACGGAGAACAGAUGGUGGCAGGCAAGCUGGGUGAUCAGACGGAGGAUAUUCAGAUGAUACUAGCGAGGUUUAGGUAGUAGAGUCGUUGUUUCUCUGACGAGACCAGACAGAGAGUGACAGGAGCUGAGGGCUUAUGAAGAGGUAGUGGUGAUCAGGUGCAGGUGCGGUGACUUCAAUAAUCAGGGGAUAAUGAGCGGAUGGGAGGAGUCAGGUGAUCGGACUCUGAUGGUGUGGCAGGUGUUACUGGUGGUUCCGUGACAGUAACAUCAUAGAACAAUGCACAGAAUGGCAGAGGCAAUUAUACAUCAAUUUUAUCGACUUUGAAAAGGCAUUCGAUAGUAUACACCGAGAAGGCCUCUGG